AUGCCUCCCCGCAAAGACACCUCCUCCGACGACCCUCCGCCACCUUCCGACAUCCAAACCCUCAUUCAAUUAACCACUUCCCUCCUCACCCAGAUAACCGCCCAAUCCACCACCAUGUCACAACAAACCAAAGCUAUUACCUCUCUCACCACCAUGCUUGCCAACCCCGCCAACCGUCUACCACCGCCACCACCACCACCACCGACCCAACCCCGCCCACCCAAGAUAUUUCUACCCACCUUUGAUGGCUCCAAUCCCCUUGAUUGGGUUUUCCAAGCGGAAAACUACUUCACCUAUUACGCUAUUCCACAGGAUCAAYGCCUCGCCCUAGCCGUGUUUUACUUUACCGGUGAUGCAUUAAGUUGGUAUAAACAUUUGUCCAACAAUCGUCUCCUCGACAAACUKGCCCCCAUUUGUUCUCGCUACCACCCAAACCCACGCACAAUUUCCCAAUACACUACCCACGUCAAUCCUCCACCAACAAAACCCAACACUCUUACUUUACCACCACCAACUACAACCACAAACCCACUUCCUGGAUUACUACCCCCACCACCUAAACAACACAGUACCCUUCCCUCCACCCGCCUAUCACCGGAAGCUCUUCAAAAACGCCGCGCGGAAGGUUUAUGUUUCCGUUGCCCAGAGAAAUUCCACUCGGGCCACAUUUGCAUUCCGCCACAAUUCCUCUUGAUAGCCAAUAACGAACCCACUGUUGAUAGCGAUACAUUCCCAGAUUCCGGCUUCUUUUACCUCGACUCCCACCAAACCGACCCCAAUAACCCACCUGCUCAAAACAACCCACCCCUAUUCMUGUCCCUUUCGGACGCCGCUUUCUUCGGGCUUCAAUCCCYGAAAGCCGUACRUGUCACCGGCUACAUCCAUAACCAACCCGUUACAAUCCUAAUCGAUUGUGGUAGCACGCAUAACAUUAUACAACCACGAAUUGCCGAUCUUCUACCCAUCCAACCCACCGCCAUAACGCCAUUUCCCGUCAUGGUUGGAAGCGGACACUUCUUGGAAUGCAAAUCRUUUUUUCAAGCCACCCCCUUGRAAAUCAACAAGACCCAGUUUAAUGUUCCUUUAUUUGUCAUCCCRGUACARGGAGCCGAUGUUAUUCUUGGGCUUGCAUGGUUAAGUUCAUUAGGCCCCAUCCUUGYAGAUUUUUCUAUCCCACAAUUAUCAUUUAAUGUUAAGGGUUCACCAUGCGUCAUCACAGGUCAACCAUUUGGGGCCCCUAUUACCCCAAGUACGCUUCAUUCCCUCAUCCGAAAGAACUUUGUGGCCUCUCUACACACCAUGAUCUACCACCACUCCCCACCCCCACCCACAACACCUACACCCACCUCACACCCGGAUCCAACCAUCGACACGUUGCUCACCAAAUUCCAAACCCUCUUCGACCCACCACACAGCCUUCCYCCUCCACGGCCACACGACCAUCGUAUUCCCCUCGCCCCAAACACUAACCCAAUCAACAUCAAACCCUAUCGCUACCCCCAUUACCAAAAAGAGAUWAUGACAUCUCUCAUCAAAGACAUSUUAACCGAUGGUGUYAUACAACCCAGCCAAAGUCCAUACUCGUCGCCGGUAUUAYUAGUGYAAARGAAAGAUGGCACAUGGAGAUUUUGUGUCGAUUACCGAGCCCUUAAUGCCGCCACCAUUCGCGACCGCUUUCCCAUCCCCACAGUGGAUGAGCUACUCGACGAACUACACGGCUCCAAGAUCUUCUCCAAAAUCGAUCUCCGAGCCGGGUACCAUCAAAUCCGAAUGGCACCAGCAGAUAUUCACAAAACUGCAUUCCGCACCAUUGACGGCCAUUAUGAGUUUCGGGUAAUGCCAUUCGGCCUCACCAACGCGCCAUCCACAUUCCAAGCGGCUAUGAAUGAUUUAUUUCGGCCAGWUUUACGAAAAUUYGUCUUGGUCUUCUUUGAUGAUAUUCUUGUUUACAGUGAMUCGCUUUCCACCCACUAUGAACACCUCAGAUUUGUCUUCCAAACUCUACUUGAUAACCAAUACCACGCCAAGGCAUCGAAAUGCCUCUUUGCAGCCCCUUCGAUACCGUUUCUAGGCCACAUUAUUUCAGCUGAUGGCGUCCAGACCGACCCAGAUAAACUUGCGGCUAUUAGAUCUUGGCCCAGCCCAACUUCUUUUACAACCUUACGUGCUUUUUUGGGCCUCACUGGAUAUUAUCGCAGAUUCGUCCCAACCUACGCUCACAUUGCCUCACCCUUAACAAACAUCCUCAAAAAACCUUCAUUCACAUGGAACGACGCCGCCAACACUGCCUUCACCAAACUCAAAGAAGCCAUGACUCAUCUCAUCACCUUAGCGCUACCYAAUUUCUYYGAGCCWUUCGAUCUUAYCACGGACGCAUCAKGUGUCGCUAUUGGAGYCGUGCUCUCUCAAAACGACAAACCCAUCUCCUUUUUCAGCAAGAAAUUAUGUGAUCGGAUGCAAGCCAAUUCCACCUACAUCCGCGAAUUAUAUGCGAUCACGGAAGCAAUAAAAAAAAUGGCGCCAAUAUUUACUGGGUCAAAAGUUUCGAGUCUUCACAGAUCAUCACARCCUAAAGCACCUUCUCACCCAAACGAUACGAACCCCGGAACAACACAAAUGGCUUACCAAACUUCUGGGUUACGACUUCGAGUUACACUGUAA